GGUUCAUACAGGGGAGGAGGAGGCCACCAGGGAAAGAGACUCAUCUCCUCCACCUCAGGUUUAAACCAUCGACAGGAGCGUCUCGUUUCAGUGUGGACUCUCUCCCUCCCUCUCUCUGGUGUCACUCGACCUCCUCAUCUGACGAGGAAAAGCGCUGUGAUUCCUCUCUCUCUGUCUGACUUUGCUCUAGAUCCCGGCGCUCUCGGUUUCCUCUUCGUUCUCUCUCAGGUAAGAAACUCCAAGAGCAGAUAGAGCAGAAUGGAGGCCAUUAAGAAGAAGAUGCAGAUGCUGAAGCUGGAUAAGGAGAACGCAAUCGACCGGGCAGAGCAAGCCGAGUCUGAUAAGAAGGCAGCAGAAGACAAGUGCAAACAGCUAGAAGACGAGUUGCUUGCUCUGCAGAAGAAACUGAAAGGAACUGAAGAUGAGCUGGACAAAUAUUCAGAAGCUCUCAAAGACGCUCAGGAGAAGCUGGAGCUGUCUGAGAAAAAGGCGACAGACAAUUCCUCAUUCUGCGGCUCCGCGAAUUCGAGACGCGCAAUUGGAAACCGGAUUCUGCCUCUAGAUCGCUCGGGUGGUUUGUGUGAAGGUUUGGGGAUGUCUGUGAAGUCUUUAGACGCCGUGAAGAGGAAGAUCCAGAGUCUGCAGCAGCAGGCGGACGAUGCGCAUGACGGAGCGCAGUUUCUGCAGACGCAGCUGGACAAUGAACGAGACCUGCGGGAGAGAAGUAAAGGUGGAGAUUUGGAGGAAGAACUGAAAAACGUAACCAACAAUCUCAAGUCCAUAGAAGCUCAGUCGGAUAAGUAUUCGGAGAAAGAGGACAAGUACGAAGAUGAGAUCAAAGUUCUCACUGAUAGACUGAAAGAGAUUGAGACUCGUGCUGAGUUUGCAGAAAGGUCGGUGGCCAAACUGGAAAAGACCAUCGAUGGCCUCGAGGAUGAACUCUAUGCUCAGAAGCAGAAAUACAAGGCCAUUAGUGAGGAGCUGGAUCACGCUCUCAAUGAUAUGACCUCCUUAUAGAUGCUUUUAUGUGUCAGCAGUGCUCGAGCUGAACAUUAUGAGUGCUAACUGUGAUUGAUAGCUCUGCAUAAAUAAUCCUGAUUGGCUGUGCCUCUGUCUCGCUUUCUCUGCUCACCCUUUCUUCUUCAAAAUGCCUUAUGUAUUUUGCACUCUCUUGAAGUUUGGUUAUUCCUCAAAAAUUGAAUAAAGUUUUUUUCUGCUCUUUGAAC